GAGACGUGCACCGUCAUCAGCAUCUGUCCGCCAGCUCCCUUUGUGUUCACCGGAGAAUGUGAAUGGCGAAAGAUGACAUGGCAGAGGUAGAUUUGGCAUCAAACGGAGCGGAACCCCCCGGCGAGGCCUCCUCGGCGUUUCCCUACGAGGAGUACGAGUGCAAAAUCUGCUACAAUUAUUUCGACCUUGACCGCCGGGCUCCGAAGAUCUUGGAGUGUUUGCACACGUUUUGCGAGGAGUGCCUGAACACGCUUCACCUCCGGGAGGAGCGGCCAUGGCGCAUCAGCUGCCCCGUCUGUCGCCACCGGACUCCGGUGCCGGAUUAUCGGAUACAAAACCUGCCCAACAACACCAAGGUGACGGAGGAUUUUCCGCUCUACAUCGACUCGGACCCCCUGCCUCAGGACGCUCUGCCGCCGUACCCACCGCCGCUGCACCCGGCUCUCGUCGCCCUCCGCCGGGAGGAGGCGUCGGGGACGUCCAGCGCCAGCCAGGCGACCCCGUCCACCACCGUGUCCACGGCCACGACCCUCUCCCAGGACUCGGUGCGCUACGACAGCUGUCAGAGCUGCAAGAGAGUGGCGCUGACCACCGGCUGCGUGUGCGUGAUCUUCUCCUUUCUGUCCAUGCUGGUGUUGCUGUUCAUGGGCCUGAUCUUUGUGCACAGUCACAGCAUUCCUCCCUCGCCGGCGGGACCCAUUUGCUUGUCGGUAGCCAGCAUCCUGGCCAUGUUCUCGGUGGUCGUCACAUGGCUCAUCUGCUGGCUCAAAUACAGACCGGAUCAUGAGACAGGCCGCUCAUCCGCCACCAGUAACUCCCGGAGAAACGCCUGAUAGGCUGCUGGCUCUGACUACUCAUGGAGAUGCUGUGCUGUGGGUGUGUGAUUAUGUACAUAAUGCUGGCAACUGAUACUCCUGCUCCCUUUACUUUUUUGUAGGAAUCAAUCUCGUCCAAAAUGGCCUUUUAUCAGUACAGCAAGCACCCGAAGGCCUUGAUGUUGUUUGGAGCAAUAGGCCGACAUGAUCCUUGAUAAUCUUUCCUUAAAUUAUGCACUUGAAUUGACUGUAGGCGCGGUUGGCUGGGCGUCUUGAUGAGUGAACUCAUCCAAGGCUUAGACCCCUGGUGCUGGUCUAAACUGUGGUGGGUUUGAUGACUGAAUGUGAAGUGCUCAUUUCCAGGGUUUGAUGCCCUCCCCACUUUAUCCCAACAAAUAAUAUGCAUAUCCCACUAUGCCACUCACUGUAUGAUAACUGUCCAUGAUGAUUCACUCUUAUAUCUCAACAAAGCACUAUUGUAUUGUACAGAUAUUUGGCAAUGUUAACUUCUGAGUUUCCCGGUGAUGGAUUUAGGUUUUUAGGGCCUGUAUGUUAAUGUGAGAAGCCUCUGAAAUGUCAUUCUGCUACAGGGGAGUUGUGUCCACAGUCCAAACUGUAAAUAGUCCACAGAGAAGUCGUGAAUACUGGAUAGGUGUGAUCAGCCUUUCUAAACGUAUCCUACAGGAUGGCACUGUUUCCUUUCCCACAUUGAAAAGUGCACCUCUUCCAGGUUUUUCAAAGGGAUUCCAAGAGGUUGCUUGCGUUUGGCUACUCCUGUGCAUGUUAGGCUUCGGAAAGGUCAAGGAUGUUUGUUAGAACUUUUUUUUUUCUUUUGACAGAAGUGUCUCCUGACUCGCGUGCCUCACCUUGUUGCUGAAUGAAGCAAAACUUCACUGUUAUCAAAAUCAUGCACGGGCCUCCCGCCACUUACAGCGUUCAGCUGGGGUGUCGGCAGGGAUUUCCUCUUUCUGUCACAUCAUUCACACAUCAGGAGUUGAAAACAGGGUUCGCAGCACGGAGCUGCAUCCCACAUUGGCACCUUGUCAUACUUGUGGGAAAUGUGGGUCAUUGCAUCUGGCUUUGAAGAAAGGUCAAAUAGAUAACAGUGACUAGAAGUAUUUGUUAAACAGGUAUAAUUCAGGCUAAAGUCCACCCUCAGCUGCUUCCAUGUUCAAGUUCACUCCUCUUCUUUCUUCAAAGCCACAUGUGCGAAUCUUAAGUGUCUGUUUCUCGGCCAGCCAGACAAGGGGAGCAGCUUAUAAAAGGAUAUAUUUGGUGUAACUCUGAGAUUGUCACGAGUCAUAAUUACCUCUGGAAACUUCAAGAGCCCCUUGAGCUGUGCUGAGAUCAGAAAGAAUCAUACUACAUACUACAGUAUGGGCCGAGCAAGUUAGUGUUUUUUCAGUGCCUGCACUAAUACAAUGCAAAUAUGUAAUUUUUCCUAAACUAAAACUUGAUAUAAUUGGGUUUAUAUGAGUUUUUUCCUCAGAAAUACAUUGCAGGUCUGUAUCAAAACAGAAACACUGAACUGACUUUUCAGUGAUAUCAGACAACACAGUGCAAUCAAGAAAGCUAACUUCUUAUUAUGAAUAUUACUGUGAACCGUUGGUAAAUUCUGUGUAUGUAAUUGUUGGUACAAUCUAUACAAUUAUUUAUUUAUAACUCUUGAAUAUGGCAAAAAGUGGUACCUUAUUUGUGGUGCAGUGUAAGACCCUCAUAUUGACAAAUGUGUGACGGUCCAUGAAGCAUGUGUAUUGCACCCCUGUGUUAUGUUCUUUCUCCCCGACCUUCCUGUCAGCAUUUAUCAAAGGAUUCGGAGAUGAUUCGGACACCAAAGUGGUUCAAUCUAAGCACUUAUUGCCCUCGCACACUCAAGGUGUCCCUACCUCACUGCAUGGGGAAAAAGCAAAAAAACAAAAAAACAGUCCAACAGGAUUCUUCAGCCGCCCUUAUCUGAUUCCCAUACUUGCUUCAGUCAUCCUGCUCAGCCUUUUCCCAACUGUCAGAUGAUGCACUUUCACCCUCUUAUUUGACACAAGUAACGGGGUCUACCUUUGACUAAUGUAAGCAUAUUGUAUUUAUUUCAGAGGACCUAGAAAAUGUUGGUUUUUAUGAGAAUCUGUGGUUGUUGUUUAAGUACCAAACGUA